GCUAGGAGGAGCUUCGCAGACAGACCGGGAGAGGGAGGGACUGUGAACCGCACCAGCGCUGCCAUUGCUCACACAACAAACCAUCCGUGUGUCAACAGACGACUGGCAAGGUUCCCCCUCCGGUUCGGUUGGAUUUACUGAUGCGUCUGCUGCGGCUGCAAGGAGGUAGACUAAAGCCAGUACAGCCGCUGCAGCAAGAAGGUCAAGAGCGGAGGUUUGAUUCAGCGGAUGCAGGGAGGCACAGGGUCCCCGUCCGAACAUCGGGACCCGCCCGGCUGCAGCGUCCCCCGUUGCGCUGGAGCUCGCUGACUUUCACAGCUGUCAACAAGGACCUCAGGGGCCCAGCAGUGCUGUGAAGAACAACUGAAUCGGUCUUACUAAACAAAGCGUGAUUAGAGGGAUUCUGAAAUAAAGCCUGUGAUUGACUGGAAGUCACUGAAGAGAGAACAGUAUUGAGAGAUGCCAAGCAGGGAGAUGAGGGAAGACCCAUCUGAUGAAGAAUGAAUGAAAGGAGGACACACUAAAGGAUAAGCACAAGAGGAGUGAGAGGCAAAAGAGGAAAGAACAAAUCGAACAGAAGGGGAAAAAAAGGAAAGAGAAGGAGCAGUAAAACCAGGGAGGGAGAUGUGAGGAGCUCUGCGAAAGAGGAGAGUUGAGAUAGAAACACAAAGACUUAAAGGGAGGAAAACCACACAAUCCUUAAAGAGACAGACAAGUGAAAGAAAGGAAGCCACAAAGUGUAAAGAAGCUGGAAGCUUUGGUAAGGUAGCAGGAAAAAGCAAGCGACUGGUUGAGGGAGGAAAGAAACAUCUGGAUGGUCUCCAUAGCGACUGUCAGCAGGUUACCCUCCCUCCGAAGAUGGCCUCCAACUUCAACGACAUUGUCAAGCAGGGCUACGUGCGCAUGCGCAGCCGCAAGCUGGGGGUCACAGCUGAAGGGGAACCUGAACUGGUCUCACCUCACAUGUCCUCUGACACACUCUGAGGACACUCUGCAGGCUGUGAUCUAUCGGCGUUGCUGGCUGGUUUUUAAGAAGUCAUCUAGUAAAGGACCUCGUCGUCUGGAGAAAUACCCUGAUGAGAAGUCUGCCUACAUCAGAGCCUGUCCUAAGGUGACAGAGAUUAGCAACGUCAAGAAUGUCACACGGUUGCCUCGGGAUACCAAGCGACAAGCUGUGGCCAUUGUGUUCACAGAUGACACUUCACGCACCUUCACCUGUGAAUCAGAACUGGAGGCAGAAGACUGGUUCAAGACACUGUCCAUUGAGUGUCUGGGCAUGCGGCUCAAUGACAUCAGUAUGGGAGAGCCUGACUUGCUGGCUGCUGGGGUGCAGUGUGAACACACAGAGCGUUUCAAUGUGUUCCUCCUCCCCUGUCCCAACCUGGACAUCUACGGGGAGUGCAUGAUGCAGAUCACCCACGAGAACAUUUACCUGUGGGACAUUCACAACCCUCGCACCAAGCUUGUCACCUGGCCACUCUGCUCCCUGCGGCGCUACGGACGUGAUGCCACCCGCUUCACUUUCGAAGCUGGACGGAUGUGUGACAGCGGUGAAGGCCUCUACACCUUCCAGACCAGAGAGGGAGAGCAGAUCUACCAGAGAGUUCACUCCUCUACGCUCGCAAUUGCUGAGCAGCACAAGAAGGUCCUGCUGGAGAUGGAGAAAAACAGCAGGUUAAUGUCUAAGGGUUCAGAGCUUGGCUCCUACCCAUGCACCCCCACCGCCAUCCUGCCCCGAUCCGCCUACUGGCACCACAUCACUGGAAACCAGACUGGCAUGGAUCCUGGCACUGGUGACACUCUAGAAGACGACCUGAUGUCUACUUGCGUGCCUCCCGACCGCCAUGCUACGUUGCCCCUAGCAAACACACAUGCAAAGUCUGAACCAAAAACACAAACACAUUCCCCGACACACUACCCCACCUACCCUGGACAGUGACACCCACACAUAAAUACAAACCCACACAAAGAACAUGGCGUGGAUUCUGAAAAGGCAUACACAUUGCCACAUGCAUGCAUGCACACACAAUUCACACACACUGAAAGAAACACACACUCUCCCUUCUUGUAUUUGUUUUAUAGCCCAACGUUACACCUCAUAGGACAUGUUGCUGGCGGGACUAACACUGGCCAAAAGACAAUUUGGAAUGCAGAAUGCAGGAAGAGACAACAGAAUUCUGCAAAAGACUGCAAGGAGAUUGGGCUUCCCUACAUGACUGCAGCUCCCACAGUUCCACGGUAGACGGGAUAUUUUAUGUUUUUCCACACGCAGGCAGAUUGGCAUAUAUUGCCCACUGAUUAAAAAAAGGACUGAAAGCUCUUAGUAUGCUUUAAACCACCUAGGCUAUAGUGCAUGUUGUCCAACUACAUCUAAAGGCUGAAGUGUUUAUACAUGUUCUGAAUGGCCACUCUCGGAAGGCGGUGAAAAACCUUGAUGAGCAGUUUGUUGGGAAUUUUUUUACCGAAGUUAUACUACAGGUUUGUACUGAAAUAAAAAAAUUAAAUAAAUUAAUUAAUACAGCAGUCUGGCAGCAUGAGAAACAACUGAUAGCACACGUUAUACAACGCAGUAUUCGCUUUCAUUAGCUAAUGCUUGUCCGUUACUAUGACACCUGCCCAGUUCUCCAAUGGUUCUCUUCACGCCAAAGCUCAAUUUCUCAUAUUCAUAAGCAUACAAAUAUGUUUUUUCAGCCUCAUUAGUGUCAAAACUAACACUGGGAUCCCUAUUUGUAAUUGUUAAAACUGGACUAGCUUGGCAGCUCUCUUUUAUGUGACAUCAUGUAUAAUUUCUUGGGAAGAUAUGAAAACAGAUGUCACUGUAGUGUAUGUUUAAAUACAUCAUUUUUACAACUGGUAACAUUUAUCAUAAAAGUCAACACAUUUUUAAUAAUUACCUAAUAAUUUCACUAGCAGGUUUCAUGGAGAGAACUAUAUAAUUUGGUCCUCAUUAAAGGGAAAAUAGGAAUUUCCUUGAAAGUACUCCAUGUAAAUUUUUCUCAGUUUUCAUGUGAGAAACCUAGUGUAACACCAUGAAGGCCUUUAAGGAGAGACUGUCUGAAAGUGUGCGUCAUUACCCUUGUUUGCAUGAUUCAUCAUGUAAAGACUACAAAGAUAUGGCAGGCUUUUCACCCCACCUUUGAAUGUGGCCAUUCAGACAGGUAUAAACAUUUUUGCAAUAUGCUGGAUGACACAUCAUAGAAACUAGUUUGUUUAAAACAUAUUAAGGCCUUUACAAUCUUGUUGCUUUGCUAUCUGGCUAUAUCUGGUAGUUUUUUAGGGCGGAAUCUAUGAAAUGCCAAAUGUUGGUCAAAUUUCCAACAUUUUUUUUAGAUUGGUGUAUAUAGUAGGACUAGCAUCGCUAAAUCUGAUUGUCUGGCUUGAGUUUCUCACCCCAAGAGUUCACAAGUUCUACAUGGCUGCCAGGGAAUUAACGUCAAUAAGGCCCGGUGUGUUAGAUUAAACACUGUGUUGACCAGGGCUACAUGGUCCCUUAAUUGCAUCAAAUGGACUCUGCUACCAUUGGAAAUACACUAACACCUGGAAUUUCCAAGUGGAAAAUUACCAUUGUACCAGUGCCAGCUGACACAGUUGUAUGAAGAUCACUUGAUAAUUUCACUGUAUGUCCACACUGUAUGUAUAUCCGGAUCGAUGCCUUUGAUUUUGCUUAUAACUGAUGUGACUUUGCAGUUACUAGAUCAGUUUGCUGUGCUGAGGUUCUGAACCACUCUAAACUGUGAAAUUAAACUGUGAUUGGAUUUAUUUUAAUGGAUUGGCCCCUGUACUGAACUUGAUCUUCACCCAUAAAGCUUCAGACUUUCUCUAGGAUGUAUCCUAUUACAACUCCUAAUAGCCACAUGCUUCUGUUGAGCUAUAUUUGCACAACCCUGUUAUUUUUCUUAGAUUAUUCAAGGGUUAGAAGUGGAAGAGGGGCUUAAAGAGUUGAAAGCCCAUACUGAUGAUACCUUAGGACUGAACCUCCUUAUAACUGAUAUUCAGUGUCUUUAUAUUUGACCUCUUGAGUGCCAGAUAUUAAUUCCCCCCUAACAGUUUAUUUCUUGCUAGAAUGACAAACCCCUAAAUAAUGAAAUGAGUAAUUCUCCAUUGAGACACAGGUGAGCAAUAGGAAAACAUGUUCAAAUAUUGUUGUGUAAAAACUCUCCCCAAGGUGGAAAUAAAACAGGGGCAUCUCUUCCUCUCACAGAAUUAGGGUUCAUUUCUUCCCCAAUGUCACACCUGAGCAGCACUUGAACUAGAGAGGCGUACAGGGGCACUCAAGGAGCCUCAAAUUGCCUGUAUGAUAUGUGACAUCAGGUAACAAAUGAGGCAUGGACGUGUCCCAUUGGGCUGAAGACACAUCAUGGUUAAAUAAAGGAUUUUUUUUCCCCAAAGGUAACACCAGAGCAGCACUUGAACAUAUAACCAAGGGGCAACUGGACCAUUCAACUAACCUUUGAUGUGACUACAGAAAAAAAUUGAACCAUGGAAAAGAAAUACCUUUGUUAUAACCCUGUUGUCAUUGGCAGAGAGGUAGUUUCACAGUCUCACAUGCAUUGGGGUCCAAAAGUCUGAGACCACUUUCCCAUUCACUUGAAUGUCUUUUUGUUGUUUCCACUCAGUUGAACUACUCUGGGGGGUCGGGACACCACCUGGAUAAGGGAAGAGAAAAUGAAGAUGCAGUAAAAUUAUUACCAUAACCUAUCAGCUACCUGAACUUAACCUUUGCGGUGCUGGCAGACCAUCACAUUUUGGGAUGAGUUGGGUCAGUUUUGUUGCUUAAAGUUUGGGGCUUGGGUCUGUUAUUUUCGAUUGAAAAUUAUUCAGAUAUUUCACUUUCUCUCUCUGACUGUUCCAAUUGUCUGGAUGUGUUUUACGAAGAUAGACAUUGCCUAACCAAUGCGUUAAAAUGGUGAACGAAAUAAGGCAAAAAUUGAGCUUUUGGUCUUUGGUUGAGUUAGGGUCCCAAAUUUCAUAGUACUUGUUGGGUUCAGUCUGAAUGACAUGGGUGAGGGCUAGGUUCUGGGUUCUGUCUCAGUUUUAGGCCAAAUCAUAACUCUAUGUCAGUUGUCCACAAAGUUUUCCUGUUGAAUGAGGUAUUGUUAGCAACAAUUCAGGUGGUUUCACUUUUGGUUUUACCUCAAAGCAAUGUGAUUUAGAUAACCAGGUUGCUCGUUAACAACCUGUCUAGAUCAUCUAAACAGAUUUUUUUUGCUUUGUUGCUGAGUUCCGUCAUUCCAUUAAUUAUUUUAGUGAGUACGAAGUACAAAAAUAAGAUCCAAAUUGUAAGAAACCAGAAUUAUCCAUCAAUAACACCUUCAUUCACAAUGUGGUUUUGCAUUAUUUGCAUCUUUGAAGGUCAAAGUCUUACCAUAAAAAAAGUGUUGAUGAACUCUGUUAUUGUCGAAGUGUAUAAUAUUCAGGGGAGGGCACUGAACCAGAUCUAUGUCUGACCCUUACAUGGGUGAAACUCUAAUACAAACUGUAUCUGCCUAAAUUUUCUUGUGGCACUCCAGCAUGAAUGAUUUUUAGGGCAAUUAUUUCCAGUCUUAUCAUCGUAACUUUAAAUUUCCUUCUCACGUGCCCUGCUUCCCACCACCGGCCAGUGGGAUCACUGAAAGCUCUCUGAACAUUGAAGGAAGCUGUCAUGGGAGUAAGACCAAAAAGAAGAUUCUCUUGUCUGUAAUCAAGACAGCUUCACUUUGCUACAUACUGCCAUUGCCUUCUGUUACGCUUUGUCUGACAAAGAACUUUAUUAUUCAUUUUACUGAGACUUCAGGGGUCCCGGUUGGUGGGAGGGGGAUGAUUUGUGUGCCAGGAAGGACAGGCUAUCAGAACAAGAAAGGUUGGAUCAUGUUUAUCGCUAUGGGCUCAUGAGAUAUCAUCCCUUGGUUGCUGCCUUUUGAUUAUGUCAUAAGUGUUCAAGACUGUUGAUCUGACUGUGGAGAUAUUAUCACAGCAAUGUGAUCUCUAGGAACACACUGACCACAUUUGCAUUGUACACCUCGUAUCUGCUAUGUAUCUAGGUCUGAUAUAUCUUGAUUAAUGCCGGAAUCCUUGUGCAACUUACAUGUCAUGGUUUAUGGUUUUUUACAUAAUUUUGACAUGACAGGGCUAAGCAUUUUGUUGGUCGUUUACAUGAUGUAAGUUAUGUAUUGUGUGUACGUGUGUUUUUGUGUACUUGCAUACUAUAUAGCUUGAGUUUGCUGCCCUUUGAGGGAAUCUUGUAGAUAUUGCUAUUUAUUUCAUAUGAAAUGUGCGUGUGAGAGAGUGUGUUAGAGAGAUAAAGAGUGUGACAUGAGCAAUUAUUGGAACAUGGUCAUUUAAAAUGCAGACACUCACCUUGUUUUUGUACUUUGUAAUGUCGAACAAGCAGAUGGUAGCCAUCCACACUGUGUCAGCGUGGCUCUUUACACAUAAAUCCUGUCUUCUGCACUGUCACUUCUCACCGUUAAUCUUUUUGGCCUUAGAUUAAUCACAGUCAUAUCCUCUCUGUUCAUGCCUGUGCCAUGCUGAUGUUUUCUUUCUUGGUUUUCGAAAGCAACUGUAGCAGGAGGAAUCUUUCAGAGGAGUGUUUCAUAAAUAAUACUCAGAAAAGCAAGGCUUUUUGUGAAAAGCCUGUCUUGAAUGGGGGGCAACAAACUGAGCCAGGAUUAGGCUUAUUCAUUAAACCAACACAGAAAUAAUGAGAUCAGACUGUCAAAUUUGGUUUAAGAACAGCGAGUGCAUCAGAUCAACCUAAGAUCGUAUUACUUUGAACUAUCAAAUGGGGCCCAAAACAAGAUCAUUUGUAGUUUUUAAGAACAAAGGUUGAGUUGAAUUAUACUAUUUUACUUGGUUUGUACGACUGACAUAAUAAUAUUCAUAUGCUGGAAGUAGCACUGAAAAAAUACCUUCAGACUGAUGGUCUGUCUCUAUAGUAAUUUUAAUAUAAGCAUUUUUGGGUGUGAUUUUUUAAAAAUUUACUCUACAUGUAAGAAAAUGGUGAAAAUGGUUCUUUCACUAAGGCCAUAGCACUGGGUUAAUUUUUACUGAUUUAAUUUAAUUACUCAAAUAGCCUAACCAAGACUAGAGUAGAUGACUAAGAACACAGAGGUGCAUGGAGCUGUGUCAGUAUGCUAUCAGGCACAAAAAGACAAUGUUAACAUGGUGAUGUUUAGCAGUUUGUUUGUUAACGUGUUAGCAGGCCAACACAUGCUAAUUACCAAUAAACACAAUGUGCAGCUGAGGCUGAUGAGGAAUGUCAUUCGAGGUAUUGAAUUUUGAUUAUUUGAAGCAUUGGACAAAUUCAAAUAUUGAUCUUAUGAUGGCACUACCAGACAGAGACUACCAAAGUUAUAAUACAGUAAUAUAAACAUGGAUGUCUCUAACAAAUUUGAAUGGAAUCCCUCCCAUAGUUGUAAAGACAUUUAACUCUGAACCACUAAUUUCAACCUCCUGGAGGCACUACAGAAGCUCACUAAAGUUAGUAUGAUACAUCAUCUAGGAACUAUGAAUGUCUGAACCAGAAUUUGUACCAGUUCAUCGAGUACAUUUUAGGCCAUUUCACUGAAUAAAUGAAAAUGUUACCUGCUGGUUGCACUACAGAAACAGUCAGUAGGAUUCAUCAUCUGGGGACCAUUUUAUGGCAAUCUAUCAAGUAGUUGUCUAGAUGUUUAAAAACUGGUGGACCAACCAAACCUACUUUAGAGACAGAAUUUCCUGAAAAUGAACUUGAUUCACUGAGCCACUGGUCAUGGUGCUUCAUGAAACACCCUUCUGGUCAUAUAAGUGACACAACACAGUGCUAAGUGGAGGAGAUGGUUGAUGGAGACAGGAUAGAGACUGACAGCGCUGAUAGUUUUCCCCCAGCUUGGUUUGAAAGCACCUGACGGUUGUGUUGUGUUUUUAUGAUUGUAGUGUUAUCGCAAUGACAGUGUCAGCUCUCACCAAUGGCUAUGACCUCCCCUUAGCUUUGUAACUGAUGACAAAAUGUUGUUUUAACCAAUACACUGUCUACAUCAAGUGCAUGUUUUGGAGAAAAAUAAAUUCUUUCUUACUUACUUAAUUAUGUCACUCUCCAUUGUGAUGUCAAUCUGUUAAAUGUGACUUUGUUAAUGUUUUGUUUUGUUAUGUUUAUUGAAAAUGGAUGUCAAAUGUAAACUAUUGGACAUUAAGUUGGAAGAUGAAGUCUAGGCUGAUGUGAUGUUUCAGCUGAAUCAACCAUUAAAUGUUUUGGGGCUGGCAUUAAAUCAUGUUCAUGUAAAAGCUGGUAAGUUUACAGUAUUCUACUGUCUGAAUGUGGUCCACUAAAUGAAUGAAGAAAUUAAUGAAAGAUAUAUAUUUACAUAAAUAGUAUACACACAUACAGUAGUAUAUACAUAUGCAAAGACUGUAUGUGUACAGUGCUGUAUUACAACAAGUAUUACAACUGUGGCAAAUCUUCAUUGUGUCAUCUCUACUCCUCCAGCAUGUUGGA